GGCUAUUUACACUGUCCAUGCUCCUCUUGAUCUUAUAAACCUUUAUAAGGUCACCCCUCAGUCUCCGAAUGGUGGUACCAUUGAUGAGACAAUGUUGCCAUUCUUCAUUACUGUUAUUUUUAUUGAUGUAAAUUUGGUGCGCUGCUGUCUUUUUUUAAUGCAAUAUUAGUUUUCCUAGAAUGUGUGGUAUGCUGAUCUCCCCCUACUGUAAACAGUGAGACACUGUAAUUGUUCAGCAUAGUCACCAUCUUCUUGUUGACCUUUUCAUUAUUUUUGGUUGCCAUGGGACCCACAUUGCUCCUUUGAUUGCUUUUCAAUGUAAUCAUAUUUACAUCUGCAUUUGUAAAGUAAUGUUUCAACAUGCAGAAGCACAGGCCAAAGAGUGUGGUCAUGUCAAUAUCAAUUGCUGGAUUGGCUAUUUGUGCAGCAUGAUAGUGGUGAGAGCAAACAGACUCAGUGUUUAAAAAUAUUUCUGUAUCAUGGAGCAAUCACACAAUAAGAAAUUUGCUUUCUCCGAAUUUAAAAAAAACAUUGCAAUAGAACAUUUGAACUGCAUUUGCUAGCAGUAAUUGUGAUGGCGCUUCUGCUUUCAGUGCAAACAGACUCUACCAUUCAGGCCCAUGGAGGGAUCGGACCUUCAGGAAAGCAGCCACCCAGUGGAGAUGGAUGUGCGAUACCUGCAGUCUUUACAUGGGAAGCUGCGGUUCCGCAGGAGAAAUCUUUACAGUGCUCAGCAGGAGAGGUGUUCUGCCCUCUAUAAGAUCCAUUUGUACACCAAAGGAUGUAGCAGCAGCCAGAGUUUUGAUCAUUUGUCUGCAACUGAGGCACGUCUGAUCCAAGAUCAUCAACAGUGCACUGAGUUUGUGCAGCUGCUGGAGCAUGAGAACAUACAAUUGGAGGCAUACCUGGAGUGGAAGCGGCUGGAGCCCAUAUAUUGGCAAUGGAUGGAAAGUGUACUGUCUGCCAAGCUGCAGGAUACCCAAGAGGUGCUGAAUGUAAACUUCACUACAGUCACUGCCCCCUCGUUCAAUCAGAGGGAGAAUUGCAAGGAACCUGAUGUCUUCAGGAAAACAAACAAACUUUACACUGAGCUACUGAAACUGCAAUCAGAGAUACAGGACCGGAGAUUGGUGAAGGAUGAAAGGAUUAAAGAGCAGGAGCGAAGUAUGGGAGAUCACAUGGGAUGGCAUGAAGCAGUGUUCCUGACAUGUAAUCUGGAGCAGAAACUGGCAGCAGUACAAGCCAGAAUGAGCCAAGAGAGAAGACGACAUGGCCAAGUCAGAUUGGUAUUGAGAAUCAACUCUACUCCCACUCCUUUCAGAAGUAAGCCUCCCACUGCCCAACAACAUAUAAGCUCUGUGAGUUUCACUGCAACAGAAAUGAUCUCACAGCUGGAAGCUGAAGCAACCCUAUUAAAGAAGGAACUCCAAGAAUUGCAGCAACUCUCCAAAGAGGGUCUUGGAGAGAUUUUGGAACGUCUGGAUGGAGUAAUAUGCAUUCCACCAACGCAGCGAUGAGGCUCUGGGAAUUAAUAGAAAAGUUAGUGACAAUACAGUGACUAAUGGGCAGAUCAUAUACAGGCUAAUUCUGCUUACUACUUUCACUCGUGGACUUAUUCUCUACAGUGAGAGAUAAAACCUCCAUAGGCAUCUGAUUUUGGUUGUGUUAAUGCAAAGGUGCUAACAGGGAGACAACAAUUAGAGGAAGGUGCAAGGUUGUACAUUCUCACCUCCUAGUGGCCUAACAUGCAGUGACAUGGAUGAAGGCCAAGAUUGGAUUGUCAGCCUGUGCUUAUGGUCAGUGAAUGUGUGACAUAUCAGAGAAGGGAAGAAUUGUUGGACACAUGUCACUGUAUUAGAAAGACAAAGCAAACAUUGAAGAAUCUGUCAGUCAUGAUGUGAUUUUUUUUCAACUUAUUUGCUCUGGAGGCAAGGUGUCAUGAUUUACUUUGAAUAACCCUAUGCUUGCUUGAAAUGUGUUAACCACAGAAGGAAGCCAUUUAGUCCCACAAGUCUGUUCAACCACUCAAUUAGAUCUUUGCUGAAAUGUCUUUUGGAAGUGUUCCAGAACCUCCAUACUCUUUAUUCAAAGAACUGAGCAACUUGGCUCUAAUUUAUUCUGGACUUCUGUUGUCAAAAAGAGCAUUUUCUUCCUCCAUUGUACUGAACCAUAUUGAUCAUGCAAUUUCAUAUUAAUGAACAUUUUUAUCCCCUAUUGCUAUUCUGUACAAAUAGGAUAGGUUAGACCUAUCAGGCCUUCAAUCAGAAACGUAGGCACAAACAGAUCUAGGAGCUUGUGUUUGAGGAGCUGGAUUGCCUGACUUGGCGCCUCAGAUCAGACAUCUUAAACUCCACCUUACUACAAUCUACUACCAGCCAUUCCAAACUGGUUUUUAUUCAAAGUCAGAACUAUCUUGAACUUUGUUCCUGUGUCUUUUUUUCUUGUUUUGAUUUUGUACUUGUUGAAAAUAUCACCAUAAAUUAUUAAAAUUCUUCAGGCAAAAAUAAAGAAAAUAAUCCUGAGAAAUAAAUUGUGAUUCAUAUGUGAUGUGCAUCUGGGGUCAUUUGUUGAAUGAUAAAUCAACUUGGUACAAAACAGUUUUUCGACAUUA